AUGGGCAUUCCCAAGUACCACAAAUGGCUGACGGAGCGAUACCCUGAUGCAUUCACGGAGGCCAGCCACGAGAAUGCUGACCACGUGUACGUAGACAUCAACACGCUGCUCCAUGACUGCAUGCGCUAUGCUGCCAGUGAGGAUGGCUUCUACCAGCACCUUUUCGCCAAGUUGGAUUCCCUUUUCCGCAUCGUUGUGCCGUCCAAGACUGUGUUUUUGGCAGUGGACGGCCCGGCGUCCUGUGCGAAGUGCUUGACGCAGCGCCAGCGCCGCAGGGCACACGCCCAGAAGGAUUCCAAGAACUCCAAGGGAAGUGGCAAAGGCAAAGGCAAGCGAGGCAAGUGGGGUGGUAGUGAUGUGGCCCCACAGCUGUCUAACAACAUGCUCACGCCGGGUGUGCCGUUCAUGACAAAACUAGCCGAUGGUCUCGAGUACUAUGCUGCCAGCCGCAUGACUGGCAAUGGGUGUUUGGCCUGGUGCCAGGCAGUCACUGUCAGUGGAGCACAGGCCAUCGGCGAGGGUGAGCACAAGAUCGUAUCCCAGAUGCUGCGGAAUGCUGCAUGCGACCAUGCCUCCACAGAGUCCCAUGUCAUCUCCAGUGGUGACGCAGACAUCUUCCUGCUUUCUCUGGUUCAGAGUGCAUGCCGUCGGGUGCGCGUUGUUUCGGACAGGCCGGACGCGGCCGGACAGAAGCGACGCAGAGGCACGCUGCAGAUUUGGAACGCAGAGGUGCUCGCCAGGUACAUCCAGGCGGAGCUGACGCGAGCGCCCAAAAAGUCGCCAGUACCCGAAGCUGAGGCGACCUUGCGCCGGGACUUCGCUCUAGUUUCGCUGCUCGCUGGGAAUGAUUACUUGCCGGAGCUGAAGUGUAGCCUAAGCUCCAAGCAGCUUUGGGAGCAAUACCUCAGCUUACGACGAAAGCAGUUCCCAUCAGCAUCACUUAUCCAGAGCUCCUUGAGGGAUGGCCUGCCACUCUCACACCAGGAGGGCGGCUGGGCUCUUUCAGUGGGCGAGGCUGGUGCCGCUUUCUCCGCUGAGCCCUAUGAGCACUUUUCAUUCAACUUGCAGCUGCUGUCGAAGUUCAUGACAGUCGCAGCUGGGGGACCGGGUGUUCAAGGCAGUGUCUCAGGUAGGGCGGCCGAGGGGGUCCGAAAGUAUCUGGAAGGCUUGCUUUGGAUCUUGGAGAUGUAUCACCACGGGUAUUGCGGGGAUUUCUACUUCGUGCUGGAGAAGAGCCUGCACAGCUUUGCGAGCGCGCGCCUGAUAGCCCAGUUCCUCCCAUCGCUGCAGUCGAAGGCUGCGGAACCUCUGGCCCCUCCGAGGUCGGAGCAGCAGCCUAUGAGGCCAAUCUCAUGUGCGAUCUGCAUCCUUCCGGCCCAGAACGCGGAGCAGUUCCUCUGCGCUGGCGCCCCGAUGCUUCGGCCCAUGUUCCAGGUGGAUCAUGCCUUGCUCGGCCCAGUGAAUGCCAUCGAACGUUCUGAGGAACUCCGGGAUUGCAAGCAGAGGGUCACGUCGCUCCAGCAGGAGAUGAUGAGCCUGCGUGCACAAGGCCUUGAUGACAAAAGUGUGAAGGCACAGCUGACCGCCGCCCAGCAGCAAAUGGAGAGGAUCAAAAGCAGAAGUGGCGGAAGCGACAUCGACGUGGUCCCUCUUUGGCAGGUGGACGAUGAGGUCGCCGAGAGGUGCAGCAGCCAUUCGGUGCCGGAGUUGGAGUUCAGGCCGGACGUGACACUGCUGCGCGAUGCAAGCAGCGAGGCAUUGAGUCUUCAGGCUCCCGCACGCGGCAUGAGGCCCGCGCACUGCAAGGGGCUUGCCUACAUCACUGGCGAGUGGCCUCAGGUGACAGCGUGGGACGAGACGGAUGAAGCGUUGGAUGAGGCCUCGGCUGAGGCCGACGAGGCCCUCCUUUGGACUGAAGAGGCUGAGGCUGAGACAGCUGAAGCUGUCGAUGCCGAGGUUGAUGAAACCUGCGAAGCCUACGAAACUUACGAAGCACUGGAUGAGGAUGUUGCUGAGCCCGGUGAGCCGGGUGACCCCAAUGAGCCGCUGGCCUCACUUGAGGAAUCUUUCCAGGUGGGAGACGCAGUGCAGGCGUACUGGCCGGAUGACGACGAGUACUUGCCGGCCACGAUCACCCUGCUCCACGGCGACGGCUCUUUCCAGAUCGUUUGGGAUGUCGACGGAUCGCAGAGCGACGUGAAGGCUGACUACUUGAAGUUCUUGUCUGCUUCAGAGGAACUCGUCGAUCUCGAGCCACCUGCCAAGCGAGCUCGCCUGUCAACUUGA